AUGUUGCAAUUGACAUUGAAAAGUGCUGUUUCAAAUUCAUGGAAUCAGCUGUUGAAUACGUCAAUACAGAGGCAAGCUGUUGACUCCAAUGAUUCUCAAAAUAACCUCAGUGGCAGCUGUCCACUUCAACAAAGCCACCAAUUGCUUCAAAAUGAACCACAGGUGUUGCAAACACCUAUGCCAGCAUCAUCAGUUAUGCAACAAAACAAUCUAAUUAUACAACUGGAUCAGAUACACCAAGAUCAUCGAUUUGGGCAUCAUAAUGUUCUUCCAUCUGCUCAACAGUAUUGCUCAGUGAAAGAACAAAACCGUGUAGAAAACUGCCAACAACCAUCACAAUUCUUAAGUCUGCCGGUCAGCUCACAUGAGCAGAGUAUUCAGUUUCCUGAUGCUAGGCUACAGGAAUCUCACAUGCCAAGUACUUCUCCUCAUUCUCAAACCUUAGUUGGUAAGAAUAAGCAUAGUUCUCAGUCACAGAUGACAAGUGCAAAAGCUGCAUCAGCAUCUGUCUCCUUUCCUGAUGCUGGCAAUAUCAAUGCAGCUGAUUGGAAGCUUCUCAUUGACCAGUAUCAACGUGCUAGGUCGACGUACUUACCUGAGCUAAAUAAAUUACUAAAGAGAGCUGAGGAACAGUGUUUUCAGGGACAGAAUGCAAAGCAACUUGAAACAGUUAAACGUGCCAGGGAUGUGAUUAAACUGAUGAUCAAGUUUUUACACAUUCCAGAAAGUGAAUUGUUACACAUCUCCAAAGAAAUAGUGUAUCAGUAUUUGAACCAAAUUAUACAAUACUUCAAUUCAUUAAGUAAGAAGAGUACUACUUCUUCCAGUAAUCAAGCACCACAAUCCUCUCAUGGACAGAUUCUUGUGAACAAUGUGCUAAUGACGCCAUUAGUGAAUACCACCCUGAUAAGAAAACCCAUGUCACAGAGGCCAGAGGAUGGGUCUUCACAUUCACAACCAGGUGUUCUGAAUUCACCUCUUUAUGAUUCUGCACACGCAACAAAGCAGGUGGAUAUGAAGACCCUGCAGCUCCAGGUUCCUGAGGACAGUGCAGACAAAAAUGUUCAUCUUAAUGUGAAAAAAAAUCCACAACAAAAUCAGAUAACAAGUGUGAACCAGACUACAGAAGUUCUGCGAAAAAAGAAGCCACAAAAUCUGCCAGAAAAGAAAAGUGAUUACAUGAAUUCAAUGUUCCCACCAAUGACAAAAGCCACUUCCAGGACUAUUUGUCAGCAAUCAUCUGGUACCUGCCUUAUGUCUGCUAAACCACUCCAAAGUUAUUCUGCACAACCCGAGAAGAAAAGAAAUGCAUCAUUUGUUUUGGAUCAUAGAGAAAUGUCACAUCCUAAGCCCAUAGUCAUUGCAGUUGAUUCACCUUCAACUCCUAUUACACCAACUUCUGCACCAAAGGAAAUUGUGAAGUCUGCUAUGUCUGUUUCUCCUACAAAGUUUCAAGCUAGCAAAGCUCAAUGUGAGACUGAGGUACAAGACAAGGAUCUUGACUUUGAAGCACCUGGGGUAUUAGCUUCUCCCUUGCCUUCUGAUUCCAUUGGUCCAGAAAAUAACCAACUUCCACAUUGUGCAAAGCGGCCUUUUGAGCGCUUAAUUCAAGCAGUGCAGCGUAUUUCUAAGGAAGCUCUGAGGAGUUCCAUGGAUGACAUUGCCUCAGCCAUGAGUGCUGUGAAUAACUUGCCCGCAUAUGCAAAUGAUGUUGAUUCACCAGCAGUAUAUUGUAGUACUGGCGAUGGAUACACAUCCUGUAAAAAAAUGAAACGUGACAUAAAUUCAGUGAGAGGGGUUGUGUCGGCCUUGAAAAAUUAUGGUUCGUGCAGAAAAAAGUCGAGAAAAGAGGUCAAUAACGAUUUAAUGGAUGGAAUUAGACAAACCAACCAGAGACUUAUUGAGACAGUGCUAAAAGUAUAUUGUGAUUUUGAUUCUAGUCACGAUGAGACCAUCAUCAAAUGUACCUAUAAACCUGUGUCCUGUAGUGGAAGUUUUAAGAGACAUUUUGGAUUUAUGGAAUCAAUGUUGACUCUUUCAAUCGAGAUUCUUGUUCCUUCGUACUACCCUAAUACCGCUCUUAAGAUCUUAGACAGGCAACCUGAUGGAUGCUGUAAAGAGACUAAAGAUUUGACGGAGAAGGCAAGAGCUAGAUUUGACAGGUGCAUUAGAGGCCUUGUGUCGCUAGGACUAGGAGACAUGGCUCGAGCUUGGGAUGAUAGUGCUCGAUCUGUUAUUUCCGACUUUACCCUUGGUCUUGGAGGAGAAUCUUUCAGCUCUAAGUAUGGCACCUGGGAGUGUGUUUCAGCAGUUUGAUGAAAAUCUAAGUGAUAUAUAUAGUAGGAAAACAGAAGUGAGGAACUCUCAUUCUGAAUUUCUGAUGCUCGGUUGAGGCUAUUAGGAUAUUACUGCCUUGUCCCUAUCUUGUGAAUAUGCCAAUACCAAUAUAAAUAUAAAAUACUUUUUGGUAAAUACGUUAAGAGGUUGUUAUAUACACCCGGUUGUACCGUAUACCCAUGAAUAUUUAUUCUCAUUUCAAUAAUUAUUUUUCAUUUUAUCAUUAAAUGAAAAGCAAAAACUAACUUUAGGUUAGUUGGGUGUACUAUAUACCCGGGUGUGUAUAAAAAAUAAAAAUAAACAGUUACUCCCUCCGUGUUUUUUUAA